AUGUCACAACAACAUAAACUAAGCAGCAGUCGAUCAUCAAACAGGUCUAAAAGAUCACCAAAAAGACAUCGAUCAUCAACUAUAAAACGAACUAGUUCUUCAAAAUUAACUAAAGAAGAAAUAAAAUAUCAACGUUUUGUUCGCGAUCUCAAAAGAGAUAUACAAAUUCAUUUAAAUCAAUGUUUACGUGAAAGUCGUUUUGAUCCCUGUGGUAAACAACGUUUUCAAAUUAAUCCUUCACUCAUCUCUAAACGAUCAACAUCAGUGGUCGGUUCUCAUCGAACGAACGAUAGUACUACAGUUGUCACUUCUGCUACCUAUAAUCGACAAAGUUUAAUGAAACUUUCAAAAAAUAGCGAAAAUAAACGUCUUACAACAGAUGUUCAAGCUCUUCUAGUAUGUAAUAAACUAACAUAA